GUCCAGUGCACAUGCGCCGGUUGCAUCAGCUGUUGUUCCAAAUGUACAUGCUACGGACUUAGCAUCAUCGUAUCUUAUCAGUACUCCUACCGAGCGCUGGACAAAGUUACAUUUUAUCGGCAGUUUGACUAAAAGUUCUUGUAAAAUAGCGAAGUCGAGAAAGAAGCGUUCCGACACAACACAUAGCAGUCGAGUGCACGUGCCGUUGCCGAAGAGGCAUUUCUGCAGAGCGAUUGCGACGUCACGAUCACGAUUAUACGAGAGUUUGUAGAGAACUUUAACUCGCAAGAAUUGAUUAGAUUAUUUUUUAUCGCUUUAUGAAUGUCGUUUGAAGUGGUCAAUAACUUCGAGGAAGGAAAGGAAUGACAAGGACAAGAGAGAGGGAAAGAGGAAGAGAACAGAUUUUCACUUGUCGAUUAAGGACAAUCGGUGCGCGUCGUUUCAUCAACGGGAGCAUUGGAGAGAUUUUCCCCGCGGAAAAUUAUUGGAAUCUCCAUUCGUGAUCCGUGAUGGCUCAAGAAUGCGUGACAGAUCGACGGCGACCGACGGACCGCCUCCGCGACGUCGCAAGGAAACCGAAAUCAUGAAUGAAAAUCGGGGAGGACUCCCACCCGAAAGACCACGAAGUACCCCUGGGGGGAUAUAUACAUUCCCCCGUUAGUGAAGACGCCUUUCUCCGCAUGACGGCACGUACAUAAACCAUCGCGCGUGUAACGGUUUGUGAAUCGCGGCCAGAGAGUUUGGAUGCCAAGACGAAGCGAACGUGCCUAACGGUGACAUUGAUUUUUUCCUUCCUUUCUUUUCACGGUAGUGCUCAGACAGUCGUUAACUUUGCACGAGCGAAGGCACGUUGUUCUCCCGACCGGUCCGUCCGAGCCGACUCAGCCCGACUUGGAGUUGCGACGAAAGUGUGCCGUUCUCGUUUGGUCCGUCCUCCUCCCGAGAACUUCGGAAAGCAUGUUGCUAGAAGCGGCUGCCGUCUGCGCCUUCGUUGGGUUUGGCAUCGCCGCGUAUUCGAUUCGGCGUACAGGGUUCACGGUGUUCCUCCAUCAGGUCAAGUAUAACUACAUCGGAUUCGUUUACUAUUUCGAUGAUCUACGGAAAGCCAGGUACAACAGAAUCGAACUACCGUUGCUGUCGAAGAGAGUUGCCGUUGUAACCGGCGGCUCGAGGGGCAUAGGCGCAGAGGUGGUGAAAAAGCUACUACGAUGUGACAUGGAUGUUGUAGUUGCUUGCAGGAGACCUGCCGCGGGCGAGAAGCUUGUUCGCGAGAUUCGGAAAUCCGGCACCACUAUAGGACGCGCGAAGGUCCGCGAACUCAACCUCUCGUCCGUCAAAUCGAUAAAGGCGUUCGCGGACUGGGUGCAAAGGGAAUAUGGCAGAGUUCACAUGCUGAUCAACAACGCCGCUGUGAUGUUUCCCCCUACUUACACCGAGACGGAAGACGGCUUCGAGGAGCAAUGGGGUGUGAAUUACUUGUCGCACUUCUUGUUGACGGCUCUUCUUCUGCCGUGCUUACAAAACGCCGGGCAAACCGGCGGUUACAGCAGGAUCGUCAACGUAUCGUCGUGCGCGCUAGAUAUCGCCACCAUAGACUUCGACUACAUCCGUAACAGCUCCAGGCGCCCGUUUAACACGUACGCAUCGUACGGACAGAGCAAAUUGGCGCAGAUCAUGUUCACGCUAAAGCUGGACAAACUUUUGAGGGACAAGUCGCUGAAGGUGCAAGCAUAUUGCGUACACCCGGGCAUAGUGCGCACUGAUCUGUUCAAGGAGACGCUUUUGGGGCGACACAAAUGGCUUAUGAUUAGAUGGAAGACAGCUGAGGAAGGAGCUACGCCGAUAGUGUACACUGCGGUGAAUAAGGAAGUCGAAUAUAAGGGUGGUUUGUAUAUCAGUAACUGCAAGGAGCUUCCCAUUCCUCCGCACGCGCUAGUAGAGAAGACGCAAAAGGAAUUGUUCGACUUGUCCUUAGAGCAAUUACAGUUGCGCGAUUUCUUCCAGUUUUUAUAAAAUGGAAACAUUUUUUCUAAAAAUAAUAAUAUUUACCAUUUUAUAAAAAUUAGAAGAAAUCGCGCAGCUGUAAUUAGUGUAAAAAUUUUUUACACUAAUCGGCAGAUGAGUAUUAAGGUAUCACGUUUUUUAAGUGUUUUAUAAAAUAAAUAGUAAAAAUAUUAAUUUAAACUUUAUGUGGUACUUUUAUUAAAUUAUGUAUUUUGGUAAAUUUAUAUAUCUAAAAAACGGAGCAAAAUUAUAAUUAAAUUUAUGUAGAACUGAGAAAUUAUUUAUACAACAAAUCGAAGAAAACAUCUUUCUCCUUUUGUUUAAAAUAAUAUAACGGUACACAUGUUUCGUCAGAUUAAUUCCAAUCGCGAAGAGAAACGUAUUAUUUUCGAUUACAAGCGUCAUCGAAAGCGCAACUUCGAAAAUGCAAGAUAAACAGGAAUAGAACAAUUACUAUUUAUACUUUGAUUUGAUUUAUACUGAGCGAGUCGACCAAGUCGAUCAUUUGUAAGUUGUAUCGCCGUAUACAAUAUGAGGAAUAUUCAUGACAAAAUGCAUCGGCAUUUCGUAUGUAUCCCCCAGAAUCGCAUUUUUUCUCUUGUCACGCUGGUCAGAAGGCGAAAGAUAAAACGUUUGUAAUAUUGUUGUUAUUUUUGCUCGAGAAAUGCAUUUUACAUGAGAGAUAACUUACAUCUAGGAUCUACACGUAAUUUUCCACGAGAGAUGGUCGCACAAUAACUCGAUGCAAUGUGCUCCGCGUUUCCGUACAAAGAAAAUUGAUAUGUCUCGACCAAUAUGGUUUUUUAUUACAAGUUACGAUUCAUAUUGUGACUCGUAUGUAUCAUUAGUCGCUUACAUCGAUAGUAAUAAAAUGUAACGCAAGUCUUUGGAGCAAUUUCCGAACAAUUUGUAUAAAUCUGACCUCAUCUCGGUACGCGCGUGUAAAAAAGCUCUGUGAAAAUUAUGAAUGUGGAUGCACGCAAGAUGUGUGUGGUACGUUCACUUUUUAUGCAAUCUGAAUGAAUCCAUACUGUUAAGCAUUUUGCGGAAACAUUGUGGAAUUUAAUAUAGAAUAUAGAUGUGAGUGUUCAGAUGGGUAUUAACAAACGAAUAAAAUUUCUAUAAGAAC